AUGCCUGAUGGGCACCGUGCAGGAAAGCCGUUCCUGCAUGUCCUGGCAAUCAUAGCGGCCACAUGCCGGUGUGCCAAAGCCAACAAUGCAGAAGCUGUCGGAGGAGGCUUCGGUAACUCCAUUGAAGAGAGCAUCGCUUCCGGUCCAGAUGUGGACGACCAGCCCGUUGCCACAAUCUUCAGCCCGAAGAGUUUUGGCGCGACAGAUCUACUGAACUUGGAUUCGGACGAGCUAGCUGCCGACGGUGACGAGACAUGGAGAUCACAACCCAGAGCCAACACUGGCACAAUUGAUCCGUUCUCUUGUGUUGACACCUCUCGGCGGUCUGUCAUUGCUUGCUUCGAUUUUUCGACGGCAAGCUGCACGGCGUUCUUGGAGAGACCGUGUGAUUGUGCAUCGUCGAGACCAAUCUGUGUUACACAAUCUGGCAGGAAAGCCUCACCUGCUUCCACCGACCGCCCGGAGCUUUAUUCUUGCUGCUCGAGGCCUGGGACUGCCUCAGAGGGGAUGUUGCUCGGCAAAGCCAGGGAAAGCAGUCCUUUCGCGAAGAAGAUCAUGGAGAAAGCCCUGUCCUCCUGGGACACCAGGGAGAAGACCAAGUGUAUCAGUGCGGCAAGAUCCGCGAGAGGCACCAUUUCCCUUACAGAUUGCAAGACAAAGUGUUUAGAAGAGAAGCGCGAGGUCGAACCGAAGGAGUGCGACGCCAUCCUCUACAAGGAGAAGGGCAAUGGAAAAGGCCUCUGCUUUGUGCUUUUCGGCUUGGAUGAGCCUUCGUGUGCAGAGAGCGACACCUGGAAAACCUUGGUUUACAAAAAGAAGUAG